CAUUUGCAUAACUUGUUUGUUUUUGAACAGGCCUCAAUUUUACUAGAAGUGGGCUUUAGUUCCUUUUAUCCGCCUGAUCUCGACAGCAUCUACAACAUGGAUGUGAUUCGUCUUGAUAGACUGUGGAGUGACCUGUUGCGCUUGUCUCCGAAGCCCUCUAAUAACGUUCCUGCUGGGCAUGAUCCGACUAUCGGCCCCUUCGAUCCACUUAGGCAGAUCCUCGAUUUAUUUGUCGAAGCCAUUGCCACUCUUCAAAACGAGGGUGUAACCCUGAGACUCCUUUGGUCUCUUGAUCGCGGCAUCGAGCGUGGAUAUUUUACGCCUCUACAAGUGACCAAUGCGCUAUUAUCGCGGCGCGAGUUAACGGUUGACAAUCAGGUGUUCUUCAGGAACGUAUUCAAAUUUUUGCUAAAGCUGGUCUUUUAUCUUGAUUACAAGAAUAAUCGGCUAGUUUUCAUCAAGACAAUCGAUAAGUCUUUCCAAUUCACCUCUGAUGCACCGGUGCGACAUUUCUACAACCCGGCUGUUGAACUGAUACAGUUGCUCCUUUGCCGUGAAAUAAACCUAUUGCCUGCCUACUUCACCAUGUAUGAGCUUAACAAAUUCAGAGGGGACAAGAGCAUCCGCCCUAAUAGACUCAUUGAAAGCGAGGUUGAGCGAUUCAUGGCUGAUUUUGACUUCCCCCUACGAAUCUUGUAUUCCUAUCACGAGUUAGACAUGGUACCGAUCGCUGGAAUAACACUGGAAAAGCAUCCAUGCUUUCGGCUGGAUCCGGCUGAGUUGACCCUCUCCAUGCUGCGCCAGGCCAUCCUCUACCCACCCGCCUUCAAAACUCGUCAACUAGGUCUUGCCUGCAACUUACUGGGCCAGCUGCGCUGCACUCAAUUGGCCUCCAGUCUCCUAGCUUGCAAUGAACGCCAAGCUGUGGCUUAUGAGCUUGUGGAAUCGCUCCGCUAUGGUGGUGAUGAUGUGUUAAUCAUCCUAUCCAUUGUGGAAUUUUUUCUCUUUACAAAGGGACCGCACAUGACACUGGUGGGUCUGGCAGUAAGUGAGUUGAUCUUCUCGGUUAUGGAGAUCACAGAGGAAGAAAAGUGCACUGAAUGGACUGCUCGGAUAUUUAGCCACCUGGCGGGUCUCGUGAUUUGCUUUGUUGUGGAUCGAGUUGUUCGUCUCAACGACAUAAUCUCCAAACUUAACUCCAAGGUGGGAAUACGCAUCAAUAGUUCCUUCACGGCAUUCUUUAUGAUGAUAAGCGAUACACUGACCGACUUUGUGUCAUGCCUGCACCUCUUCGACCAGCUCUUUCCUGAGGCCGAUGAAUUGGAUAACGCGGCAGUCGAACGUUUAGAGAAGCUAUGGGUGGAGGACUUGGGCUACUGGAGCACUAAACGCCGUCCCAUAUCUCUAAAGACGCUGGAGGAGAUGAGUCUUGAUGGCUCCGAUCUGCGCUUCAUUCUCUUCUCACCUGACCGCCUUUUUGGCAGUUGGUUUCCUGAUGGUGCUCGAUCAGAGUUGUGCGCAAAAGAUGGAGGGGAAGAAUUUACUGAUAAAAAUGGUGCAUCAACGGUAUCCGAUGCUGUUAUUAAUGGGGCUAGUUAUGAUGAGGAUGUUGCUGACGAUGGCGACGAUACCACAAGCACUAGUGAGGACGAGUCUGUUGCAGAGGAUUCGAGUCUACUUCUCUCAAAGAAGUCCAAGACGGUGUUGAAACGGGGCGAAAGGAGCGGCAGGAGAAAGGAUGAGGACAUGACGCACCUGGUGGCGGCUGCAGCGUGCGCCUGGGAGAUGAUUUUACAAAUGAACAAUGGGGGUGAGGAGGUGGGUUCUGGAAGUGGCGUUGGAGGAGUUGGCGGUCGUGCUAUGAAAGAAAGCCACUUGCCUCGCACUAUCCCACCUCUACUCUACCCACUGCAGGCACAAAUUGCCACCUGGUUAGAGCACCUCAAAGAAUCCUGUGUUGGUGGUUGCGCAGGGGGUGGGAGUGUUGUAGAGUCAGGUGAAACUCCGAACGACACUCAGACCCCGCAGGUGGUUCAGUCUCUUUCUUGGCUCGAGUUCAUCAUUACGCUGAAUACCUGUAAGGUUAACGACCCGCUUCCGGGGAUUGGAGGUGGUCUUCCGCUCAACAACGGCCCAUUCAUGUUACCUUACGGGUUGAGUGGAGCCGGUCGACUUACUCCCCUUCCUCACCGACUCAUCCGAAAGAUGUCCAUUCACCUUCAGAUGAUAUUUUGUAAUGAGAUGCGCCAGAAGCUGAGCGAAAUGACAAAGCCGCCAUGUGCUGAGCCAGGACCUGCUUACCUUACUUCUCCGGCCACUUUGGAGACAUUCAGUCGCUUUCUCUCGUAUCAGGUGGAGAAAAACCUUAUUAUUCCCAUUCGCGAGAUAUAUCGGCGCUUGCUCCUUGAAAGCGGAUCCAUAAACAUUCCGAUCUACUACCAUCCAACUGAUACAGAUGGCACAACUAGGAACGAUUGUUAUCCUCCGAUAAACGAUGACUUUUAUGCCCUCUCAUUUUGGUUUGAUCUUCUUGGUCACCGUUUGGUCGAGGCUCUUCCUGUGGAACAUCGUCUCAGCUACCGCGAUGAACUCUUUCUCAGAGUGGAUCUGGAGUCCCAUGAACUCGUCUACGCGCUUGAUUGGACCAUCGUUCAAUUCUCUCGACGCGUACUCACUCCUGACUGCAUCCUCUACAACCUUCAAUCCUCCUCACUUCAACAACAGUUCUCGCAACAGCAACUUCCGCUUCAUUCUCAUUCACGAGAGGUUACCUCACGUGUUAUUUUGUUUUCCACUCUUCAGGCAGUUUGUGCAUAUGAUCUGCUAGAGGUGGGUGAGGUGCGGUGUCAAACAGAGGAGCAAUUGAUGCGAUGCCAAAUAAGGGAGCAAUUUAUGACAAUGAGGGCGGAGACGCGGGCCAUUUUUGGUGAGGAAUGUGGUUCAUUCCACCUUCCAGCGGUUAUCGCACGUCUCGCUGACCUUCUGCCCACCACUCUUGCCUUCGCUGCUCCGCUCCAGGCGCCCAUAUUUAAUGCAGAAGUCGUUAACCCUCCUGAAGCUGAGACGUACUUUAGUCUCCGUGAACGUCUUCUGUUCUCCGUCCAUGAUCUCUACAAAUCGCUCCUACUUGAGUCAGGCGAUGAUUGUGAGGUGAAAUGGGCCGAACUAAACCUGCGUAACGAAAGAAGUUUCUGCGUUAUUCUUGUCGCUCUUAUCAAUGGGAAAAUGCCCUUGCCUCUUACUCUUUUAAACAAUCUUUUGCAGUUGCCACCGGCAACAGUAAACGCUCAGGUGAAGGUGUUGUGCGAGUACCUGAUAACGGCAAUCAAUAAAUUUGAGGAAUUCGAACGACAAAACCUCUCUCUGCCCGUGCACAUAUACGCACCCUGUAAAGUGCUGACUGCUACCAUUGCUUUUUGUGUUCAGUAUGGAAUCAUUACAAUGGACCGCCUCCUGCUUUACCUUUUCGUCCGUUCAAACAAUUCGCCGAUUGAUGUUGCCGCUGCCCAUAGCAUUGCCAUAUUUCUAAUCACCCAAUGCCCUCAACUCGUGGAGGCCAUCAAAACAUUGGAGAGUUUUGUCCCCAAUUCAUCUACUAUUAUCUCAAGCCCUCGGUGGCCAGAAUUGUUGAGGCGCCUGCACACGAUUCUUCCAGAGAAGCAGGUGAUUUUCCUGCCUUCCUCCACCAAUGGUCAGACCGAUGCGUCUUCCUUCAUGGUUCUGCGCCGACGUCCCUGUCAGCCGGUCUACUACGACCAUCUCAUCCUUCGCUUAAUUCCCAUUCUGGAAAUCAUCUUCACCUCAUUUCUUGAUAAUCCACCGCCUCUCCUUCAACUUGCUCGCUUCUGCGACACUAUCGCACCCUUAUUCAGAAUUCGCUUUUCUCCAUACAUGCUCUUAGCGCACCCAAUGAGUCUGUGUUUUCUCCUAUUGCGGGGCCAAUUCCAUCACUUCAGCAGCGGUGCCGCAACGGCUUCGGGGGUGGUGGGCGGUGCAACGCAGGGAGCAACCACUCCUGGUGGGGGGCAGAUGCAGCAGCUGACAUGGCGCAACCCCACUCAGGUAGACGAGGUCGCCUGUCAACUUAUUCUUCGUUGCAUUCUACGUGCUCACCAGGCUUUGGCAGAGCGUGCCAAUGCUCAUCGCGAGUGUGCACAGGCAUUCAUGAGCAGUACACAGAAGGUGUGUGGCCUUCUUUCGCCUCCGGCGUGGAUGACUCUGAAUAUUCUGCACGAGGCUGCAAUGCAAGCUGGAGGCUACAACGCUGUCUUCUCUGACACCGACAUUGCAAACUGCCUCAGAAUGGCUUAUGGUUCUGAUGCGGAGAUUCGCCUUGCUUCAGCUCUCCACUCUGCCACCGAGAGUGUCUUCCCUGAGCUCGAGUCCCACCUCGCACGUCUUCUUCAGCCUGUUGUUAAAGUUAUGAAGAAACAUGGACUGUGCGGGGUUCCUUCAGCCUGGCGAGACUGGCGCAGUGAGGAGAACGUAAAUCCCCAGGCCGCAGGCAUCUAUGCAGUGGCGGUGGAGUUAAUGGCUCUCCAUCCACCUUCUGACACUUCACGAGUUCCUCAGGCCGCCGGAUGCCUCAUGGAAUGUCUCCGUAAGCGUUCAGGUUCCGGAGAUUUCCAUACGUGGUUGAAUGUCACCGGUGCCCUUGUUUCGGUUUUACCGUUUGUGUUCCGUCACAACAUUCUUUGCUUGACCUGCACCCUCAUUCACGACCCCUGCUUCAACGAUUCAGAGCAGUGGCCCUCGGAUCUGUUAACCCUGAAGACGUGUAAUGGAUUGUCACCACAUUCCCCGGCUCAGCUGUUGAGGGUAUUUCGUCGCCGUCGCGCCCUAACUGACCAGCCGGUUCGGCUCACGAUUUUUAAAGGUCAGAAGGAAGCCGAAGAGACGACAAUGAAAGCUUGCCAGCAAGAUGAUGAUGAAGCUAGCUGGGAGGUGCUUGGUCGUCCACACACCUCAUCCGUGCGAUUCUUUGAAACCAUUUUGCCGCCGCAACUACCCCAAGGAAGUAUCUUACCAAAUCACCUCUUCAAGGCCGCUGUCUGGCACGCCAUUUGGAGUCAUGCCAAUAUGAAUGAUAACCCAACUCUACUUCGAAUCUUCGAUGAAUUCGUGCUCAAGUAUGUUAACAAUGAGGCCAAGCUUUUAAUGGCGUUCUCAAUGAUUACGCCACCAAUGAAAGCACUGAGCAACGACAAAUCAACAAUCGUUGAUCUGACAGUAAGUCUCUACAAGGCGGUACAGCAGGUUGACGAGGCGUUAGCAGCGAAGGGAAUCCCCCUCUACCAUGUGAACACAAUAGCAGAUCUGCUAUAUCACAUCAAAUACACUUACGUGGGCAAAGCGGUGCAAGACGAGGUUCAGGGCCUCCUGAGUAGAAUGAGGCCGCAUCUCCAGAAUUGUCUCAAGUUCGUCUUCUCUACGCCCACCACUACUGGUUGCAUCAAGACCAACAACUGUACUGAUAUCAAGUAUCCAAUCUUCGAAGAUCGGGAAUACCGAGCUGCCGCCCGACCACCUGCCGGAAUCGUAGACGAGUUCUUUUGA